AUGAAGAAACUCAGAGACUCUUUGCUCUUAAAGCAUUGGCCCUUUAGCAAGAUGGACAAGGCUUCGAUUAGUAAGGACGCAAUUGUUGUGGUUGAUAGAUUUCCCAACGGUUCGGGAAAAAGAGCUUUGUCUAAUAAUUCAGUAAAUGUCUCACCCUUUGAUCGAUCUCAGUUCAAUGUUUCUGAUGGUGGAAACAUCAAUCUUCACGACUUGAAGUACGCGAUCUUCAGAGAGGAUGGCUGUAUUAUUUCACAUGCUCCCCGAACCGGAAAGACAAGGUUGACCAUAGUGUUUUUGAUGGCUUAUUUGAAACUUUUCCCGAAGUGUCAUCCGGUUAUUGUUACUCCUGCGAGUUUGUUACUUACUUGGGAAGAUGCGUUCAAAAAAUGGGACAUUGGAGUUCCAUUUCACAAACAAUCUUGA